UGCCGUAACUGGUGAAUCCGUAUGUGUCACAAGUUUACUUAGUUGUUCAAACAUGGCGCGUUGGGCAGCGUGCCUUUUUGUUUUUUUAGCCGUGAGCUCUUACGCUACGUGCAAUUACACUUACGUAGGAACGGAGGAUUCGUUGCGAAACAAUAUAAUAGACUUGUCUCGAGGACAAUUGGAGUUUUCCGAUGCAAAUUUACCACCGUAUGAAAAUGAGUUGGAGGAUACUACACCGGAAAAUAACAGUGAAUACGAUUUUAUUGUUGUUGGUGCGGGGAGUGCUGGUGCCGUCGUCGCAUCUAGACUCAGUGAAGUUAAAAACAUCACUGUACUGCUGAUCGAGGCUGGAACUAAAGAAUACCCAUUGAUGGAUAUCCCCGCGCUGGCAAGGCUGUUGCAAAGGAGUGACCAAAUUAACUGGAGGUACGAGAGCGAAAGUUCUGACAAGUAUUGCAAAGGAAGUACCGAUUCGAAAUGUUACUUUCCUCGUGGAAGGGUUAUGGGAGGCAGUAGUAUUUUAAACUUUAUGGUUGCCACGAGGGGUAACAAGAACAAUUACGACGAAUGGGCCGCAUCAAGCGGGGAUGAGUCCUGGUCGUACGAGAAUAUGCUGAAGUAUUUUAAAAAGCUGGAAGACUAUCAAGUUAGAGGAGUAGAUUUCGAUCGUAAGGUACACAACAAAGGUGGCCCAGUUCAUAUAACAAGUGCGCCAUACACGACACUAUUAGCAGAUACUUUCGUCAAGGCUGGUGAGGAAUCUGGUUACUCGGAAGUAGAUUACAAUGGUGAUUCACAAAUAGGUUAUUCGUACUUUCAAAACACGGUAGUUAAUGGUGAGCGAUGGAGUUCCAAUAGAGCAUACCUUCAUCCAGCGAAGAACCGAACGAAUUUGUUUUUAACGAGGGAUAGUUUUGUGAGUAAGGUAAUCAUAGAUGGAAAAUCAAAAAAAGCUACUGGCGUGAGUUUUUCGAAAAAGGGACGUAGGAUUUUAGUUAAAGCCAGAAAGGAGAUCAUUUUGUCGGCAGGGGCAAUAAACUCUCCGCAGAUUUUAAUGCUUUCUGGAAUCGGGCCUAAAAAACAUUUGCAAAGCUUGGGUAUUAAGGUAUUGAAAAAUUCGCCAGUUGGAAGUAAUCUGAUGGAUCACGUUAUUUACGGGGGUUUGGUAUUUAAAACAAAUAUUUCGUUUGAUUCGAUGGAGUCUGACGUUCUGAGCCGGAAAAAUUCUGCGAUAAAUGAUUAUAUAACCAAGAGAAAUGGUUCGUUAGCAGUAGGAAUGGGUUUUGAGGCAUUGGCCUUUUUGAACGUUGACAGACCAAAUUCUUUACACGAGAAUCCAAAUGUGGAAUUCUUGUUUGGUCCCAAUACUGGUUUGAAAGAUCCAUCAUUUGGAUACGAUUUAGGUCUGUCUGAGUUUUACAUCGAUCAAAUAAGCCUAAACAACACAAGCCACGCUCAUUGGAACGUGAUUCUUUCAUUACUUCAGCCAAAGAGUCGUGGAAAAUUGUUGUUGAAAAGUAAAAAUCCGAGAGAUAAACCAAAAGUGUAUCCAAAUUACUUUGACGACCCUGAAGACGUAAGAGUGAUGAUAAAAGGCAUAAAGGAGGCAAUCAAGUUGUCGAAAACUAAAGAAUUUGAGAAAUAUGACUCUCAAAUGUACCAUAUGCCUAUCUGCAAAGAUAAAACUUACGACUCUGAUGACUACUGGGAAUGUGCGUUAAGAAUAUUCAGUGCAACAUGCCAUCACCAAUCAGGCACGUGUAAAAUGGGAGACGGUGGCGACGAUACGGCUGUUGUGAAUUCUAGGUUAAAGGUCAUAGGAGUUGAAGGAUUAAGAGUUGCGGAUGCGUCCAUCAUGCCGAACAUUGUGUCUGGUCACACGAAUAUCCCAACCAUCGCCAUUGCUGAAAAAUUGUCGGAUAUGGUAAAAGAAGAUUGGGGCUAUUUAACACCUCCCUCUGAAAAAAAAUCCUAAUGUCAGCAGUCACAUUGGUA